AUGAACCAGCUGUACAUCGGGAACCUGAGCCCCGCCGUUACCGCCGACGACCUCCGGCGGCUCUUCGGGGACAGGAAGCUGCCGCUGGCCGGACAGGUCCUGCUCAAGUCCGGCUACGCCUUCGUCGACUACCCGGACCAGAACUGGGCCAUCCGCGCCAUCGAGACCCUCUCGGGUAAAGUGGAAUUGCAUGGGAAAAUCAUGGAAGUUGAUUACUCGGUCUCUAAAAAGCUCAGGAGCAGAAAAAUUCAGAUUCGAAACAUUCCCCCUCACCUGCAGUGGGAGGUGUUGGAUGGACUCUUGGCUCAGUAUGGGACAGUAGAAAACGUGGAACAAGUCAACACAGAUACAGAAACUGCCGUGGUCAAUGUUACAUAUUCAACAAGAGAAGAAGCAAAAUUAGCCAUCGAGAAGCUGAGCGGGCAUCAGUUUGAGAACUACUCCUUCAAGAUGUCCUACAUCCCGGAUGAAGAGGUGAGCUCCCCUUCGCCCCCUCAUCGAGCCCAGCGUGGGGACCACUCUUCCCGAGACCAAGGCCACGCCCCUGGGGGCUCUUCUCAGGCCAGACAGAUUGAUUUUCCACUGCGGAUCCUGGUUCCCACCCAGUUUGUUGGUGCCAUCAUCGGAAAGGAAGGCUUGACCAUAAAGAACAUCACUAAGCAGACCCAGUCCCGAGUGGACAUCCACAGAAAAGAGAACUCCGGAGCUGCAGAAAAGCCAGUCACCAUCCAUGCCAGCCCAGAAGGGACCUCUGAAGCAUGCCGCAUGAUUCUUGAGAUCAUGCAGAAGGAAGCUGAUGAGACCAAACUAGCUGAAGAGAUUCCUUUGAAAAUCUUGGCCCACAAUGGCUUGGUUGGAAGACUGAUUGGAAAAGAAGGCAGAAAUUUGAAGAAAAUUGAACAUGAGACAGGAACUAAGAUAACAAUCUCUUCCUUGCAGGACUUGAGCAUAUACAAUCCUGAGCGAACCAUCACUGUGAAGGGUGCCGUUGAGGCAUGUGCCAGCGCUGAGAUAGAGAUCAUGAAGAAGCUGCGGGAGGCCUUUGAGAACGAUGUGCUGGCUGUGAAUCAACAAGCCAAUCUGAUCCCAGGCUUGAACCUCAGCGCACUCGGCAUCUUUUCGACAGGACUCUCCGUACUGCCACCGCCACCAUCAGGACCCCGAGGCAUCCCCCCAGCACCCCACUACCACCCUUUCACUACCCACUCCGGCUACUUCUCCAGCUUGUACCCUCCUCACCAGUUCGGCCCGUUCCCAUACCAUCACGCUUACCCAGAGCAGGAGAUCGUGAACCUCUUCAUCCCAACUCAGGCCGUGGGUGCCAUCAUCGGGAAGAAGGGGGCCCACAUUAAGCAGCUGGCUCGGUUUGCAGGUGCCUCCAUCAAGAUAGCCCCUGCGGAAGGCCCGGAUGUCAGCGAAAGGAUGGUCAUCAUCACCGGCCCCCCCGAAGCCCAGUUCAAGGCGCAGGGGCGGAUCUUUGGGAAACUGAAGGAAGAAAACUUCUUCAGCCCCAAAGAAGAGGUGAAGCUAGAAGCCCACAUCCGCGUGCCUUCCUCCACCGCUGGUCGUGUCAUCGGCAAGGGUGGCAAGACUGUGAACGAGCUACAGAACUUAACCAGCGCUGAAGUCAUCGUGCCUCGAGACCAGACGCCAGAUGAGAACGAGGAGGUGAUCGUCCGGAUCAUCGGGCAUUUCUUUGCGAGCCAGACUGCCCAGCGCAAAAUCAGGGAAAUCGUACAACUGGUGAAGCAGCAGGAGCAGAAAUAUCCUCAGGGAGUCACUCUGCAGAGAAGCAAGUGAGACUCCCGCAGGCUCCGAAGACCACGGAUGAAUGUAGCCCUCCACCACCCGACAUACAAACAGACAGACAGACAGACGUGACCACCCAGCAGCCGCGGCAGGAGCGGGAGCAAACCAAAGACCGGCAGGGCCGGGUGGGCUCCGCAGAGGCCCCAGGAUGCAUCCCCUGCCCUCUCCCCCA